GAGAGUGCUCGCGUCAGUGAGUGCUCGGUCGCCGCAGGGUGUGGGUGCGUAAUUGUCACUCGGGAAUUCGGGGUUGCGUUUCAGCCUCGAGAAAGCUCCAACUUCACCCUUCUCUUCUCUCACAAGACAAAGUGAGGCACUCGUUGAACGAAGGGCGCCGGUUAUCUCGAAUUCAUCUCGAUCUCCCGUCGUGCAGAUUUCGUCGGAAAUCGAUCCUCGCGUGCGCAUGUCAUCGCGAGCCGUUCGAUCAUCCCGAGAGAGAUGCACCCGACGUUUCAUUAAGGACAACAGACACGUGUCGUGAACUUUGCUGGCGGGCAAGAAGACCGCACAGUGGCAUUGCCGGAAGGAGAGGAGAUGAUACGUGGCGUCUCGGGAGAGAAGAAAGCCGCGACCUUUCCGUGCGCGCACGGACAACGAUAGAGGCAAAAAGAGCCUUGAAGGCAGUGAAUGACAGUUCCUGAGCGAUCGACGGUGGUAUACGCGUGCGGCCAUUUACCGAUUUGGCAUUCGAGCGUUUUGCAAUCUUUCUUGAUCGCCAACACCGGUCGCGACCUCGAAACAGCUCUCUUCCAUCUGACCGAACAGACAAGGUCGAUCUCCGCUCCGAUAUCUCGUUUGCACGAGCAACAACCGGACGACGUGGUGUUGUGACGCGAUGUAGUGCGGUGACUCGGUCGAGAAGAGUGAAUCUUUUUAUGUGACUCAAAUCCAAUGCGAAAAAACGACGCGGAGUUAUCCGUGGCAGGGCGAAACGCAAGGAUGAAGACAAUGGGCGACGUCGUUGCGGAUUCCAUCGAUGAAAACGAUGGCACGGUCCAGACUGCCGGCGUAAGCAAAGAGUUCGGUCAGAAGACGCUCAGGUCCCUGAAGAGAGGAUUGGGCCGGCUGUGGAGGAGGCAUAGGGGAAACGCGUCGAUAACCGAGUAUGAUCCCACUUACAAAGUCGCAUACCUCGGAAAUGUCCUGACCGGCUGGGCUAAGGGUGAAGGCUGCGUCGACAAGCCCGUGUCCACCCUAUGGCGAACUUACGUGAGCAGCUCCAAGCCCGAUGUCUGCAUGCGGCUGACAGUGACCAACGGUGGUCUAACGGCUACCACGAAGGAUCAUGGUGUCACCGAGUAUUGGGCUCACCGUGUGACGUACUGCACGGCCCCAGCUUCCCACCCGCGGCUCUUCGUCUGGGUGUACAGGCACGAAGGUCGUAGGCUGAGGCCCGAACUGAGGUGCCAUGCCGCUCUGUGCAGCAAGGAGUCCACCGCGAGGAGACUCGCCUCGAUCUUGAACGCCAGGUUGCAGCAGGCGCUCUUGGAAUUUCGCCGUGACAAGGUCUCCAGGCAAAAUGCCAGAUUGUCUUUGGCGAAUGCGUUGUACGAUAAUCCAUCGUUGCCACGAAGGAAGUUGCUUCUGAGCACCGGUGGCCAGAAUUAUCGACCGCCAUUGGAGAGAUCGAAAAGCGCACCGAAACUAUCGGCGAUUGAGGAGGACACAGUGGCCGAAGAGAUGGAGCAGCAGAGGCUGUUGGAGGAGUUGCGUUCCCUCGAGAACGUGGCACGUAGCUGGGAGGACCAAGAUGGCUGGAGGAUAGCUAGGCUGCUGGACGCUCUCAAUCGUGAAUCCUCCGAUGAGAACGGUAGCAUCUCGAGCGGUUGCGAUACCGCCAGUACGGCGACGAGCGAAGAGAGGGCUGCCUGCCCGGAAGAGCAUCUCGCGCAAAAUCAAAACGAUCAGCGAGGAUCGAUCAAGAGAGUUGUCUUCUCGGACGAUAGAAUUGGCAGAGGGCCAGGAGCACGCAGAAACUCGGAAGGCUCGCCACAUUUCAUGACAUGUGCCGGCAGUCCCCGUUUUAAUCCUAUAAUAGAUUCUAGAAAGAUGUUUCCCCUGCGGAGUGAAGAGGAGGAAUCGAUGGAGGAGGAGGAGGAGGAUAUAGAAUUUCGUUACACGGCUUCGAACGGUCGAAUGUUCGACUUCGAGGACGUCGAGGACCUCGACGACGUGGUGGAUUAUCGACCGAGGGGCGAGAUGCUGAAUAGGAUUGAUGAUCCGCAAAACAGGGAGAGACGAGCGAACGAAAAAUAUCCCAGCAGGAUAAGCCACGAGUUCCUGCAAAAUGAGGAAACUUCAUUUCUAACUCUGGACUCCCUCGACGAGGAGGCGGACAGUGACGAAAGCGGUUACGUGGAAGCGCCACCAAAGUCUUUACUAGGUCAAGACGACAGGAAGGAGGAGGAAGAGAACGAGCACUCGCGAUUGGAGCCAUUCAAGGAUGAGUCGGAGUCGGUGACGCGUAGGAAUGGGAAAAUCGACGGGAAUGAGAGUCAGAGGACGAAUCACGAGGAUACGAAAAUGGAGGAACAACAGCAGAUAAAGUCGCCGAAAGUCGAGAAGAAGGAUUCUCUGCUGGUAGUUGACGGUAAUCAAAGAAUCAAGGACAGGGAGAGGGAGAGGGCAGAUUUCAAGUAUCCGAUCUCGGAAACUAUCAAGAAAUUGGCUAGCGCGUCGCUAAGGGGCUCGAAAUCUCUCGAGAUGACAAAUAACAGUUGCUUGAAAGUCCUGAAUAACUUCAAAACGUCCAAAUCAUUCGACAGCGUGAAGAAGGACGAGAUUACGGUGGACUCGCCGAGCCUCCAUCAAAGGAAACAAUUGUUGGCGCAACGCGGUGUUAUGGUUUGAGAAGUCUUACAAAUCGGGCGCUUGUUUGCCGUUCUGUAUUACAGAUUACACAGAAAUCGAUAAGUGAAAAUAUUUAUCCAUCAAUGAGUUUCCAUGAACAUUUCUAAAGAUACUUAUAUUUUAUGAAAACGUUGAUUCUAUAGAAUUAAUAUUUAAGUGCCUGAUUGACGUUCUUAAGAAAUUUAUCAAAUUGUAUCAAUUUAUCAAUUUCUUCGACGGAAAUGGAAUUUGAUUAUAAACGUUAUGUUGUUAUCGCGAAGUUAUUUUCCUUACUUCUCGUAGUACAUUCGUAAUAUGUAAAACUAAAACAUAUCAUCAUCGAAUUAGAAGCUUAGUCAGAAAUUAGAUUAUUCAUACACAUGAUAGUUCAAAGAUGUGAUUGAAGUUACUGAUAAUUAUUACUAGUUAUUUAUAAAAUAAAUUGGCUAUGUCAUAUCAUAUAUUAUUCAAUAAUGAUACUAAAGAUAUAUUUUUUUUGUUAUUAUAGUGCGUAGUAUUGUAGUACGAAGAAUAUACUACGAGUGGAAAGGAAAAUGUACUUGUACACGAAGAUAUAAAAAUAUUGGGAUUUUUAUUAAAUUUUUUAUAAUUGCGUGCACUGUUAUUUCUUCGUAAACGUAAGAAUUUGUUUGAUGGAAUCAAUUUCUCAUGAUACGUACAAUGGGUAGAAUUGAAAUUCUUGAAACUGGAUAUUCAAAGUCGCAAAGAUAGUUGUCUCGUCUAUGCGCAAACUCGACAAUUUAGUAAGAUGAAUUUUCGUGUUGCAUUUGAUGUUCCCAUAAAACAGAUUCGAAUGUAAAUAUCUGUGUUCGAAGAUCAAUCGAAGGGAAUGCUGAUUGAACUGUUCUAGUUUGUUCGUCGCGAGGUCUCGAGUCAGGUCGAUCGCGCAUUUAGAACGGUGCCAAUAUUCGGUAAGCAGAUGACACGAUAAAUUGGCAAUCCUCGAAGUUGAACUUUAAUUAUUAAUGUGGAAUAGAAAAUAUUAUAAGAUUAGCGUAAUUAAAAGGCAGUACAAUUAAUGACGAUUAAGUGAUUGUGCUUGUAUAUAUGUUCUUUUUGCGAAGUGAAAAUAUCGAUAUUUCAUUGUUACUCGUAAUAACAGGAACGAAAAGGACUAAAGUUGUAGCGUGAAGUAUGAUUCUUGGGUUGUUACCGCGUUUGCGGGGCAUCUUGAGGCAAAGUGUCCUAAGAAUGAUCGAGAAUAUUUUACGAUACGAAUACCAUACGAUACGUCAUAAAGAACGUUCACGAGCGAUCUAGUUCGAUCGAUUCAGAUCUACCAUUUUAUAAUACGACAUUAAAUUUAUUUAAACGUAAAUGUGCAUCGUGUUGAUGCCAUUCAGCAUUCUGUCGCGAUUAACGCGAUUGAAUCAGAAACACAUAUAAUUCUUUUUCUUUAUUAUCAUGCUGAUUAUUACUGAUUGUCAUGCGUUAUUUCGUCAAUUUUUUUGCAAGUUGCUAUGACAGAAACUGAGCAUUCCAUUAGUUAAUUUUCGUGAAUGAUGCAUCAUUCGUGAUGAAUAUUAUCUGUGUAUGCACGUGUUAAUGGUGAAGCAUCGAAAGACAGAUUCCAAAUUCAUUACAAAGAACUUUAUCGUCAAUUUGCGAUUCACUCGAUAUCAGAUGCGGUCGGGGAAGUUUCUCUUGUGACGAUCGUUGUACGAAAGAGAUGGUACCAAUAAAAUAGAGAAAAAUUUGAAAGGUC